AUGAUACCAAUUUUGAGUAAUUCAGAUAUCAAGUAUUACGAUUCUACUAUCACAUUAAAAAAAGAUUAAAUUUCUCAUGCAAUUGCAAUCAAUACCGAAAAUUCUUAUUUACUAAUUUCUUGCUAAUCAUACAUUGAAAUUUAUAGAAUUUAUGAAAAGUAAUUAAGAUUAAUACAGCAAAUUAAUUGUCAUAAAAGAAGAGUAUCAAGUCUAUGUUUUUUUAAAUCAAAUAGAUUAUUUAUUUCGGGAUCUUUUGAUUCAUACAUUAUAUUAUGGUCAACAGCUUUGAUAAAUAGGUCAAAAUACUUAUAAAAAUUUAUAGGACAUACUUAAUCUAUCUCAUGUAUAUUAACACGUCCAAUUAUAGAGGAUUUAAUUAUUUCUUGUAGUGCUGAUUUCUCUAUUAAAUUUUGGAGUUAAUAAAUUGAAAAUAAUUAGUAAUGGAUUUGCUUUUAAACAAUCAGGGAGCAUAGAAAUAUUGUAUGGGGAAUAUCAAUAAAUCAAUAGGGUAGUUAAGUGAUUUCUUGUGGUGAAGAUAAAUAAAUUUUAGUUAUGGAAUAAAACUAAAAGCCAUCUUCUAAUUGGUUUGUAAAAUAAUUAAUUUAAGUUAACUAAUCAGGAUUUAGAUUGUGCUAUAUUAAUAAUAACAUAUUUGUUUUCUAACCAGAAUCAUCUGCAAACUUAAAUAUUUAUACUCAAAACAAAAAUCAGGAAUAUAUCUUAACAAAAAAUAUUUAAGUUUUAGGUGAAGCUUAAUUUUGUUAUCCAUAUUUUCAUUCAAUAUAUAAUUAUGAAAAAUAAAUUCUUAUAAAUAAAAAUGGUUAUUUUUUGAAUAUCAUAAAAUUCAAUAAUAAUAUCAAAGAAUCCUAAAAAUUCACCUAAUAUCACAAUGAUGAUUUAGAUAUAUAUGCCUAAACUGUUUAGGUUAUCAAUUUUGAGGAUAAUUAUAUUUUUGGAACUUUAAGUAAUGAUGGUUAGUACUUAAUAACAUGGAAUAAGUUAUCUAAAGAGUUAUAAGUAAGCAAAUACUAAGAAAAUUUUUGA